GCGCCGGGCUGGUGGGCCAGAGAGAUUAGGGAGGUGAGCAUGACUCAGUAGUUUGAAGUACCUCCGGCUUGAUCGCGGGUCUCUUUACCAUCUCCCCGGGUGGCAGGCUACCACAGCUGAGCCAGGGGCUCCAGGAGGAGAACCCAGCUGGCAGGCCUGGGAGGCUUUUCGGGAUCCCACCAGGCACUGAGAUUUGGGCCCAUCGGGUGAUGCUGCCUCCGGGCUGAUUGCUGGGACAGAGCAAGAGACACAGGGAGAGGAGCAAUGAGCAAAAAACCCAUGGAGGAUCCAGGCCAGGAGGAUUAUGAAGCCGAGAUGAGGAGCAGGCUGGAUGAAGAGGGCUACAGGGACCCCAAACUGAAGCAUUCAGAGAUGUCACUCAAUGAACAAGGCAGUUCCUCCUCGUUGGAUCAGACCCAGGAGGCAUCAGGGAGCGCGGGGGCUGCCCACCCAUCCACCUCCAGCCGGGGGACACAUGAGGCAUAUGUGGAGUUACAAGAACUGGUCAUGGAUAGAAACAACGAGCUGCGCUGGAUGGAGGCCGGCCACUGGAUCAAGCUGGAGGAGGACUUUGAGGAGGCAGGGCACUGGGGGAGGCCGCACCUCUCAUACCUGACAUUCCGCAGCCUGCUGGACGUGCGCAGGGCCUUCACGAAAGGCACUGUCCUUCUGGACCUGCCUGAGAAGUUCCUGGCAGGCAUCACCCAUCAGCUGAUCGACCAAAUGAUCUAUGAAGGGCAGCUCAAACCACAGGACAGAGAGACGAUCCUGAGAACCCUGCUGCUACAGCACAGCCACCCAGAUGAGUCUGAAUCCCUGGGGACCCUUUUCCCAGGCCAACUGGAACGAAAGGGCACCAAGGACGAGGUCACCGCCCAGCCUCUCAUGCAGGAAUAUCACCGGAUCGAGAUGCAGAUGCUCACGAGCACAGAACAGGAAGGGCCCCAGGGGCGCGCCCCCAGGAAGCAGCUCCUCGAGAAGAUCCCGGAGGACGCGGAGGCCACGCUGGUCCUCGUAGGCCGUGCCGCCUUCCUGGAUCACCCCACCUUGGCCUUUGUGCGCCUGAGGGAAGCGGUGGAGCUGGACUUGGUCCUGCAGGUGCCCGUCCCCGUGAGGUUCCUUUUCAUGGUGCUGGGACCCGAUUCCCCGCACAUCAGUUACCACGAGAUCGGACGGGCCGUCUCCACCAUGAUGGCAGAAAGGGGGUUCCGUAGGGACGCCUACCUGGCGGAGGAGCGCCAGGACCUGAUAAAGGGUGUGGAGGAGUUUCUGGAUUGCAGCAUUGUCCUCCCGCCCUGCGAGAUCCAGAACGAGCAGCUCCUCAGGAGCCUGGUGCCCAUGCAGAAGGAGCUGCUGCGGAAGAGGUACCUGCCAGAUGAGAAGAAGCUGGAAAUGAAGAUCUUAAAGGACUUGGAUCUAGGCCUGGCAGACAAGGCCCUCGGGGAGGAGGACGACCCCCUGCGGCGGACUGGCCGGCCCUUCGGGGGCCUGGUGCGGGACAUCAAGCGCCGUUACCCCAAAUACCUCAGUGACAUCAAGGACGCCCUCAGUGCCCAGUGCCUGGCUGCCGUCAUCUUCAUUUAUUUCGCAGCCCUCUCCCCGGCCAUCACCUUUGGGGGCCUGCUGGGGGAAAAGACAAGCAACAUGAUAGGGGUCUCGGAGCUGCUAGUCUCCACAGCCGCACAGGGCAUCAUCUUCUGCCUCCUCGGCGCUCAGCCCCUGCUGGUCGUCGGCUUUUCGGGUCCCCUGCUGGUCUUUGAAGAAGCCUUUUUUAAGUUCUGUGAGAGCUACGGCAUGGAGUACAUCGUGGGCCGGGUCUGGAUCGGCUUCUGGCUCAUCAUCCUGGUGCUGCUGGUGGUGGCCUUUGAGGGCAGCUUCCUGGUGCGCUACAUCUCGCGCUACACCCAGGAGAUCUUCUCCUUCCUCAUCUCCCUCAUCUUCAUCUACGAGACCUUCGCCAAGCUCAUCGCGAUCUUCCAAAAGCACCCCCUGCAGAAGAGUUACGUGUCCAGAGACCCGCAACCCAACACAGCCCUGCUCUCCCUGGUCCUCAUGGCCGGCACCUUCUUCAUCGCCUUCUUCCUGCGCAAGUUCAAGAACAGCGCCUUCCUGCCCGGCAAGCUCCGGCGUGUGAUUGGUGACUUUGGGGUCCCCAUUUCCAUCUUCAUCAUGGCGCUGGCCGACUUCUUCAUCAAGGACAACACAUACACCCAGAAACUUAGCGUUCCUAAAGGCCUCCAGGUCUCCAAUACAGCUGCCCGGGGAUGGUUCAUCCAUCCGCUGGGGAAAAACAAAGACUUCCCAAUCUGGAUGAUGUUUGGUGCUGCCCUUCCUGCCGUCUUGGUCUUUAUCCUCAUUUUUCUGGAGUCGCAGAUCACAACGCUGAUUGUGAGCAAGCCCGAGAGGAAGCUGGUGAAGGGUUCGGGUUUUCAUCUGGAUCUGCUGCUGAUUGUUGGCAUGGGAGGCAUAGCCGCGCUCUUUGGCAUGCCCUGGCUCAGUGCCACCACGGUGAGGACCAUCACUCACGCCAACGCCCUGACAGUGAUGGCCAAGACCACCACCCCCGGGGAGAAGGCCCAUGUCCAGGAGGUCAAGGAGCAGAGGAUCAGUGGGCUCCUGGUGUCCAUCCUUGUAGGUCUCUCGAUCCUCAUGGAACCCAUCCUGAAGCUGAUCCCGCUGGCUGUGCUCUUCGGGAUCUUCCUCUACAUGGGGGUCACCUCCUUGAAUGGGAUCCAGCUCUAUGACCGCAUCCUCCUCCUGCUGAAGCCACCCAAGUACCACCCCGACGAGCCCUACGUCAAACGGGUGAAGACCUGGCGGAUGCACAUCUUCACAGUCACCCAGAUCAUGUGCCUGGCCACCCUGUGGGUGGUGAAGUCCACCCCGGCCUCCUUGGCGUUGCCGUUUCUCCUCAUCCUGACAGUGCCCCUGCGCCGCUUCCUGCUCCCUAAGAUCUUCAAGGACAUCGAACUCAAGUGUCUGGACGCAGACGAUGCCGUUGUGACCUUCGAUGAGACAGAAGGCCGUGAUGUGUACCAUGAAGUGCAGAUGCCGAUCUGAGCCCCGGCUUUCUUGUGUCCUCCAUAUAAGGAACAGAGGGUUCCUUUCCCAGGCUUUUCAGAAAGCCCAGAAUCUGGGUUGAAAGAAAUAUUUGUGUGUGUGUGUGUGUGUGUGUGUGUGCGCGUGCCCACAUGCAUGUGUGCUUGUGCAUACAGUACACACACACACAGACACACACACACGCCAAGGAAUCUAUGUAGCUAUACCCACACACACACACACACAUACACACCACACAUUAGAUGCGCUUCAGAUUCUGUAGCACCACAAAGCAACUUUACAAGACUUCAAAACCUGACCUUGAGGACAAAUAGUGCUUCCAAGCUGCAUCCAGACUGCUAGAGAUGGGAACCCAAGACGUGGACUCCACUCAGCACUGGUUCUUCAGCUAAGUGACCCGGGAAUAUAUUUCUCUUUUUUGGUUUUCUUUUUAUGGCUUGAUCAGUUGUAUCCACCAGCUGGGAUAAAGCGCCAGCUCUCUGGGGAAGAGGGAACCUUGGCUCUCAUCCGCUCGCCCGGCCGUGUAUGUAUCGCUAUACAGACAGGCAUGUGGUCUGGUGCUCCCUUUUGCCUCAGCCCCUGGGUAGUAAUGAUUCCUGCCAGAUUUUAUUUUUUUUACAGACCGUUGAAGAGUUAAUCCCGCUGGCAGGGCUCUUUGCAGACCCUGGCCCUGGUGUAUGUAGCCCAGGGCAUACACAGCAAAACAGUGAGCACUCAGCCAGAGUCCGAGGAGAUGGCUAGGAAGGGCUGCUUCUCCUCCCAGAUGAAGAAGGUGGCUCCAAAAGAGAGCAAGGAAGAAGGCAAGUGAGGAAAAGCCAAGGUGGAGAGGCAGCCUUUAGAAUCAUGUUGUGGCCAUGGAACCAAGGGAGCACCAAGUACCGGUGCUGACGGGAUGGAACAAGCUUGCCGGGGACGUGGGAGAAUCACCAGCAUCGCAGACAUCGCCGGUGCCCGUCGAUUCGGGGUGGCCUUGGGCUAACAGAAUCCAGGUUGUCAUGGUGGAGAGAUGGAGCUAGCCGAGGGAUCCAUCCUGCAGCCUUCUGCACAGGGAGGGCGGGGUGAGAGGGGAAGUCAGGCAGGUUUUGCCCAGGAGCCUGAGACUGGGGUGAAUUCUCCCUGACCUCCCCUCCCAUCAGCUUCCAAGCCCUUUCCCAAACAAACUUUGGUGCUAACCGAUCUGAGGACUCUGCUCAGACAGGACCCUAAGCUGUACAUGUUGCUCCUUUAUACUUAUUUCCAGGGCCUCUGGGGCACUUGCUUGGGAACUGAACCGGGCUCCCCUGGUUCGGGGCUCACUUUGCAGCCAGACCUGAAAAAAAAAUGUUACCGGAGGGGGACAAAGCGUUCGCUGAUGGCCCUGGGAUCCCCUGUGUGCAGGCAAAGUGCGGCUGUGGCUGGCACCGUGUCCAGCUCAGGACAAGAGUGAUGGGGGUUAGAAUUCUGCGCUCUCAUCACGGAUGACAUGUAAUUAGCACCUAUAACAAGUUACUUUAACAAACCCCUUUGCAGUCAAUAUAGGGCUGGGUAGAAACCAUGUGGCCAAUCCCAGAUGCUCCAACAUCCUCACCCCCAGUCCCCAUAGAUCUCCCAGGGAAGGGAGGGAAAGGGAGCACUAGCUCCAGGCAGAUGCUGAAUCGUCAGCCUGGCCAUGUUACUAAGCUGUGUUCGAAUCCCGCUCGGGCAGGAUUUCCCCCAGAAUGUGGCUCCCUCUGACUAAUACAAUACAGUGUCGCUGACCUUGGGCCAGGUGCUGAGUGGUGUAAGCGGGUGCAGCUGCCGCUGAGCCCCGCUAGGGUCAUGUUCGCUUACACCAGCGCUGGAUUGGAUCCCUUAUAUAACCCAACAUGGGUGCUGCUUUUCUUUACUGCAGCAAUAUCAUCUGGACAGUGGCGUGGGUGGGACAUCCCAAGAAGGGCUCAGAGCCUCCAACAAGCACAGUGAGAGUGGAGGGUGCUCAGCACCUUACAGGAUCCAGCCCAUGUUCAGAUCCUUUUCCAGCUGUGCAGAGGAUUGCACCUGCUCUGCCUUUUCUCAGCAUCCCUCCUCGAGUCAGGCCCUCCAACAAUCUAAGAGCCCAUCCGUGCGGCUCCCUCCAAUUUUGCAUCCAUGUAACUCUGCCAAUCAGACCAGACUAAGGCAGAUCUGAAUCAGGCCCUCAGUCUGUGAAACAUCACAAGUUUAACAACCUUUGUUUGUAUGAUUUAGUUAGUGUAGAAUAAAGACUUCAGGCCAAAUCUUCAGCAAAUCUAAAUAAUCAGCGCUUCACUGGCUUCAAGGAACCCAGCUGAUUUUCUUUUGUUUGUAUUAACUUAUCGUCUGUCCCGGGGAAUUCAAUAUGUAAAUAGGAAGAGGAUAAAUUUAUAUAUUUGGCAUUAAGAAAAUAAUGAUAAAACGGAUCUUAAAAAAAGAGUUUUAUGAUGCUUUUGUAGUUAGAGUCUAUGUAAAAAGCAAAAAAAAAAGCAGGUGAAAUGACCUGUAUAUUUUACACUAGUGAUAAAGGAUGUUUGUAAUUUAUUUUUCAAAAAUGUAUUUAAAAAUAUUCUGAUUGUGCUUCAGCCUUGUAAAAGAAUGCUAGGGGUUGAGGAAGGGUAUAUGUGCAUGCUUGAAAAAAUCCCCCUUGCAGAAAGUUGGGUGGGACCAUUUGAUAGUCUAGGAAGGCUUUUUUAAAGGAUAUUUGUAGAGACAGAUUUAGGGACCACCAUGUCCACUUUAUUGUUUUUAAACUAAUAUUAAUAUACUUGGUUUUUAAAAAAAAAAAUCCAUUGUUUUCAUUGAAACAUUCCCCUGCUGUGACUGCCACCCAGCCAGAUUCUGAUCUGUUAGACCAAUACAAAUCUGGAGCAACUCCUUUGACAUCAAUAGAGAUGAUCUGGAUUCUUACCAGGGCAAGUGAGUCCCUGACCCCACAGCCCAGUUGCUAGGGCAUGAGAACCAGGAAGUGAAAUUAACUAGAAGAAAUAAGGUUAAACUAACUAGUUGGUUGUUUCCCUCACCACAUUGUCUCUAAAAUGAGUGAAAUGCAAAAACAAAGAAAGAGCAUAAAUAGAGAUAAGUGGUAGAAAUUCUUUCAGGUAGAAUCAUCUCAGGGGUUAUUGGGAACAUACAGAAGAAAUGUGUGCUUUAAAAAUUAUGAGCCUGAUUCAAAGCCCACUGAAGCCAAUAGGAGUCUCUCCAUUGACUCUGAUAGGUGUUGGAUCACAUCCUCUAUGAUUUUUUUUUUAAACCAGAUGGUGCUUCCUUUAUAGGGCCGGACCAUGCAAAGUGCUGAGCAACUCCUGAUAGUUCUCAGUCCUGACACUCCUCUCCCUUACUCUGGUUGAAAGCAGGAGUAACUCCACUGAAGUCAGUAUAGCUAUGUAAGCAUAAAACUGGGUAAGGAGAUGGAGAGUCAGGCUUCUUGUUUUUAAAUGGCCUCUGGGGGGACUGUCUUCUUUGGAGGAAAAGCCCCUCCAUGCAUUGGAAGAAUGAAUGGGGACAAGUAAGGGCGUGAGGCGAAAGUGGCAGCACCACCUACCUCGUUUAUUAAAUGCUGGAUUCACUAAGAAUUCUGGAUCUUUGGCAAGUUUUUUAAAAGAUAGACUUGAACAUGAAUUGAAUUAUGUUUAAAAAAAAAAAGAGAGAGAGAGAAAGGGUCUGAUUCUGCUCUGUGUAACUCCAGCUUUAUCCUGUGUAAUGCCACUGAAAUCAAGAGUCACACUGGCUUGGAACCGGAGUCAGGCCCAAAGAUCCCAGAGCUGAGCAAUAAAUGAUGUAAAUGGAACUCACUAAAGGGCUUAGAGUGUGUGCAUGUUACAGUUUUUUCAACAUGGGGAAGGGGGUUUUGCAGGAUGGUUGCUGCCUGGGUCUGGUAGCAAGAGAUAUUAAACGUAAGUCCAAUUUUCAAACUGGAUAAGCUCAGCUAAGGCGCUCUCAGUUCUACAUUUGGCCUCUUGAACAGGCAAUUAGUUGCCUAAACACCCCUGUAAGAUGCCAAGUAAGCCCAGUUGGCUCAGAUGUCUAAGUGGCAGUGCGCAAGCCAGAUCUGGAACUGAGCACUGUGUGUGUGUGUGAGAGAGAGAGAGAGGAAAUGGUGAUCAUGUGUGGGAAUGUAUUUGUGUGUGCAAAAGAGAUUGUGUGUCUGUGCACAUGGCAGAAUUCUGUCUAUUUAACUAUUGAUUAGACCAUGAGUGGAGGCUUUUCCCCUUGUGAGAAAAAAGGAUAGAAAGGGACCGUAGGACGAAGCUGACUUUAGUGUGAGAAUCCGGCCUGCACUGUACCUCACUCGGACCAUUGUUGUCUGGCCCGUAUGCCCAAACCAAACCUACCUUGAGAUAUAUUGUGUUAGGAUUAUUCUGUAGCCUUGUCACCUGUAUGUCAGAACUAAACAGAAUGUUGUGUGCUUUGGUUUUUCAUGAAAUUAAAAAUAAUGCACCUCUGUAUGAUGCUUCGAAAAAAAUAAAAAUACAUUUGAAUGAAAAAAAA